AUGAGCGACGACUAUCACGGCUGUGAAGCCGUGCGGGCCGUUGCCGAAACUUCCGAUGGUAUCUCACUGCGUGAUAAGAACCGAUUUUAUGAGAUACAAAAGUUGCUAGGAAAGAGGGACCAGGUGAGGAAUGUCAUCCUCAUCGCGGCAGGGCCAUAUCAGUUCCUUGGGCACUUCGAGUCGAAAGCCCCCAAAACAAGUGCAUUGUUUCGCAGCCUCCUUCCCUAUCAUCAGAAACUCAUCCAUGUCCGUUGGAGUGGAGAAGGACUAUGGAUACCAUUGGGUGAAAUCUAUUUUGAAGUCUCUUAUGAAAAUCACACUUCCCACCCAUCAGCUGGGCAAAUUUUGCUGUAUCCAGGUAAAAUUUCAGAGACUGAAUUCCUCUUUUGCUAUGGAGGCGUUUCAUUUGCGAGCAAGAUGGGGCCUCUUGCGGCGAACCAUUUCCUCACAGUGAAGGAAGGAAAUGAAAACUUGAGGGAACUGGGAGAGUUAGUGUUGUGGAAGGGGGCACAGGACGUGGUUUUUGAAGUAGCUGAUGAAGACAAGUAA